AUAUCUGUGGAAAACGCAUUUGCAUAUAUAUACAAUUUACAUAAAAAUUAACAGAGAAUUUUAUGAUGGUAAUCUAACGUUAGUAUAUCAAUGUGUGUGUGUGUCUUCCUAUACAUUCAUAACCUCCGCUAUUAUACACUGUAUGGGGAGUAAGCACAUGUUCUGAACAAGUGCUGCACAUUAUUAGUAUUAACCAAUCUCUUCUCCGAAUUCCAAAGGGACAUUACAAAAACAAUGUCUUAUUAUUUUAGUUAGUGAAUGUUCUUGAAUGCAUUAACAAUGGAUUCGUCUAACGAAAAUGUUGAAUAUUUAAAAUCCGUUGAAUUUAUGGAUGAAUAUUGUGCAAGUAAUUUUAAUAUAUCACCAAAGAUUAAUGAUAAUUAUCAGUCCAAUCAUCAAUAUGAGAAUUUGAAAAAUAUUCGUGAUAAUUCACCAGAAAAAUGUGUUACGCUGUUUGAUAGUAAUGAUAAAAAUCCGGAAACGAUGUCAGCAUCUCCAAUAUCUAAACGUAAAACGAAAAGAAAAGCUACAAAAAUUAUUGAUGAAGAUAAGGUUAGAGCAAAGAAGGAGGCUACUAGAGAAAAACUUCAAUUGGCUCUGGCAAAAAAACGCAUAAAAAAUAUUCAACCUGGAGAAUGCAUGAGAUUUAUAGAAGCUGAUAUAGAUGAUGAUCUAAAAGAUUGUGAUUUUUUUUCUGAAACAAUAGCAAUGUUGGAGUCUUCAUAUGUUAAAUGUUGUACAAAAUCAUUACCUACUCCAAAUAGUAUAGAAUGGACAAGAAUUACUGAAGAAGAUUCCAUUGAUGAUGAUAAUAAAGUCCAUACAGUGAUAAGAAGAGAACGAGAUAAACAUGUAUUAAUUAUCUGGAGUUGGGAAAAAGUUGUUCAACAUAUACAUGAUGAGUCAUUCGUAGCAGCUGUAACAUCACUAUCUGAUCAAAUGACUGAAAAAAGUCUAAGUCUGAUCAUUUAUGGAAUAAAUGGAUAUUUUGAAUAUCAUAAAAGUAGGAAUAAAAAGAAAAUAUGCAAUAAAAUGUAUGAUAAUAUUAAAAAUUAUCCCAAAAUAUCUAGAAAAGAAUUUGAUAAAUGUCUUGUUAAGAUACAAAUUUUUGUUGAAUGCAAUACUAGACUUAUUGACUCAUCAGUUGAAAUGAGUUUAUUAAUUUAUCAGUAUACUAAAUCAAUCGCUGAGAUUCCAUAUAAACUCAUAACUAGAGAACGAGUAAAUGAACAAUUGAAUUUUUAUGCUGCUGGUGAAAAUAGACAAACUAUUAAAGUUGAUCGAGAUGGCUAUGGAUUGAAGAUGCUUUGGACGAAACAUCUGUGCAGCUUCAAUUCUGUUACUUUACCAAUAGCUCAAUCUAUAUGUGCUGAAUAUCCUAGUCCUCAACAAUUAAUGAGGGCAUAUGAAAACUGCUCCGAAAUGGAAGGAGAACUUCUUUUAAAAGAUAUCAUGAUCAAAAGGGCAGCAGGUCCAUUAACAACAGCUAGGAAGUUGGGGCCAGAGCUGAGUAGAAAAAUAUAUAUCAUGUUUACGUCUACGAACGGAGAUCGGUUAUUAAAUUAAAUCGAAUAUAUUCUGGUAACACUAAUCGUAUUGGAUGAAUCAGCAUUCAUGGCAUGUCUGGUACUCUCCAUAGCUAUAACAAUGGGUUAUGAUACAUUUGAAAUACUUGUAUGUAUUCAAAAAAUAUAUAUUAACGUCGAUAAUAAAUGAAAUCAACUUUUUAGAAGGUUAAUCAAUUAUUAUAUAAAUAACAUACAAAGGAAAGAGUGGAAAAGGAAAUGGGUUCAAAGAUGAAAUUAAUCCGAUACGCCGAAAAAAAAGAUUUAUUUAACACAAAAUAUAAACCUAUGAAGUUUGUUUAAAUACACAGUCAUUCUCUUUUGCUAAGACAACGGUAGCUUAUAGAAAUUAUGUAAUUUAAAAAAAUUGAAUUGAAAAUUUUUUAUCAAAUUACUUUUUUGUAUCUAUAUUUACAGUACUAUAUAU